GAAGCUGGAGAGAGAGUGAGAGGGAGGCAGCUGAUUGCUUUCCCCCCCUUUUACCACUCCUUGCUGUCUUCGGUGGGCUCUUAGCCGUGCCUCCAGCAGGGACCCCCAGUGGAGCCAUCGGGCACAGGCCGCCAUGGCCAGCGGCAGAGAUCCCGACAGCGAGCCGGCGGUGCCCGGGGAGGAGGAGGAGGAGGAGGAGGAGGAGAACCCCGACGUGAAGGCCGUGCAGGCCCAUUACCUGCGCAGCCCCUCGCCCAGCCGGUAUUCAGUGAUAUCAGACACUGAUACAGAGAGCAUCUUCAUGGAGCCAAUCCAUCUGUCAUCUGCUGUGGCUGCCAAACGAAUCAUCAGUGAAGAGCUGAAGACAAAGGACGUCAGGGUAGACUCGGUGUGUCCCAGGAUGUUGGAGUCUGCACAGCAGCUGAUGGUGGAAGACCUGUACAACCGAGUUAAGGAAAAGAUUGAUGACACCAGCUUGUUUAACACGCCCUGUGUGAUGGACUUGCAGAGGGCACUUGUGAAGGACAGGCUGGAGACCCCCAGGGACGCUGUGGAUGAAGUCUGGCCUAAUGUCUUCAUAGCAGAAAAAAGCAUUGCAGUGAACAAAAGCCGUUUGAAGAGACUGGGGAUCACCCAUGUCCUGAAUGCAGCUCAUGGCACAGGUGUCUACACAGGACCAAGUUUCUACAAUGGUCUCAAUAUCCAGUACCUGGGCAUUGAAGUGGAUGAUUUUCCAGAUGUGGAUAUCUCCAAACACUUCCGCCCAGCUGCAGAGUUCCUUGACGAAGCCCUGCUGACUUACAGAGGCAGAAUCCUUGUGAGCAGUGAGAUGGGGAUCAGCCGCUCAGCCGUGCUGGUGGCUGCCUACCUGAUGAUCUACCACCACAUGACUGUUCUGGAGGCUCUGAUGACCCUGAGGAAGAAACGGGCCAUCUACCCCAACGACGGCUUCCUGAAGCAGCUGCGGGAGCUCAACGAGCAGCUGCUGGAGGAGCGGGAGCUGGAGCCCUCUGGAGAUGAGGAUGUGACUCCCAGCCAAAGUCCUCUCGCCCAUGCAGGGACUUCUUCACGGCUGUCUGGAGCUGAGGACGCAGGGAGUGUCAAGGGAGCCAAAGCCCACUCCAUCACAGUAGAAGAAGAGGACACCAGCAGCCUUCUGGGUAGUUUUAUGAGCUCUUCAUCAGUGGAAAAAACUAGCUGGGUUUCCAAACGCUCCACCCUGAUCACUGAGGAUGAAGAGGAACAAUUGUAUGAGGAAUGGAGGAGGAAACAAGGCCUAUCUGCAAAGGAAGGAGUUCACCAUGAAAGAAGAACAUCUCCAAAGCAUCUGGAUAGGGAAGAGGAACAAUCUGAUGAGGAUGUGGAACAGAGGAUCCAUGAUUGGCAGCGCAGAAAUGAGAAGUACCAGAUGGCAGGUACAGCCAGGGAGGAGGAUGGUGAAUGCAGCAUGGGAGGAGGACCUUACCCAUCCGGCGAAUUCAGUGAUGUUGAGAGCGUGAGCAGUUUUGAGAUCCGAACCCUAAAAAAACAGCUGGAAGCCAGCUUUAGCAGGAUGAGGAGGAGCCGCACAGGCUCUGUGUCUUCCGAGAGCACUUGGGACAUAUGGAAUCAGAGGCUUCUGGAGAUUGAGAAAGAAGCUGCUCAGAGGUAUCAUUCUAGGAAUAAGACUUGUGGGGAGAGACAAUCCCCAGAAACGGGAAGAAAAGAGAGGGAUGUGGAUGAGGAGAGUGUGUUUUCAGACUCCUCCUGUAGCUCCUUCUACAAUUUCUGCCAAAAGAACAAGAACAAGUUGACUCCUCUAGAAAGGUGGAAGGUCAAGAGGAUCCAGUUUGGCUUUCACAAGAAGGAUUUAGAACCAUCAUCUGCACCAUCUCCAGCAGAAGAUGGCAGCCAGGCAGGUCAGGAAGAAACAGAAGGGAAGAGUUUGUCAGAUAUUGAUCUGACUGCUUACCAGGCUUGGAAAAUGAAGCGGCAGAAGAAGGUGGGCAGUGAAAGCAGCAAGGAGGAAUUUGUGGAAUUUGCCAAAACUGAGGAUUCUGCUUCAGCUAAAAAGAAGCAGAGGCGUGUAGAGCUCCUUGAACGUUCAAAGAAAAUUUUAGAAGAAAGUCAGUCCAUGUGCAGCUGGGAGACAGAGAGUACAAUGAGUGGGAGUAUUCCCCUGUCAGCUUUCUGGCCUUCAGCAUCUUCUGCAAGCGGUGCUGACGAUGCAGCUUCUGCCCUGAGCAUGCAGACAAAUCAUUCAUCUCUGUCACAGGCCAGGAGUUGUACAGGAGCGAUGCAGAUGCCAAAUAUACCCCUUCCCAAUCUCCCAGUUGGCCCAGGUGACACAAUAUCCAUGGCAAGCAUUCAGAACUGGAUCGCCAAUGUGGUCAGUGAGACCAUUGCUCAAAAGCAGAAUGAGAUCCUGAUGCUGUCCCGUCCCUCAUCCGCCAUGGCCUCCCUGUCAGGAGACACUGGCAGGCGUGCAGAUGAUGACAAGGUUUCUCUUCUCAGUGCUCAGAGUGGCUCGUCCCUCGCUGCCUCUCAGCUCCACCAACAGGAGCUGCGCAGGGCUGAGUCUCAGUCCGUGCUGUCCUGCAACACCUCUGUGAGCACCAGGACAGAAGGGACUAGUUCAAACAUGAAGGCGACCCAGACAAGCAAACCACUGUACAGCCUCUUCGCUGAUGAUGUUGACCUAAAGAAACUCAGGAGGAAAGAGAAGGAGAUGCAAAUGGAAUUGAGAGAAAAAAUGUCCGACUAUCAAGUUGAAAAGGUGAUCAGAGACAAUAAACGCAGCACUUUGUUUAAGAAAAAGGUGACCAAAGCAGAGGAAAAUGAAACAGAAGAUGACAGAGAGAGUACAACAAACAGGCGUCCCUUGCAAGCAGAUUUUGACAGAACUGAUGCAGUCUUCGAUAUGCUCAAUCAACCUGCAACCUCAGGUGCACCAAAGUCAGAGAUAGAUACUGAUAUUACCAAGUGGCUCAAUGGCCUGAAAGCAGAAAGAGAGCCACUGUCAUAUUAUGAUCAGACUGAGAAAGCUAGAGAGAAAUACAGCAGAUCAUCCAAAGUUAGACAGAUGGAUUCUGAGACAUCCAGUUACAGAUUCUGCAGAUCCCAAAGAAAAGAGCUAGAUAGCUGUUCUUCCUAUGAGUCAACAGGAGAUUCACUGAGAACCAUGUCAAGAUUUUCCUCUGCUUCUGCAAAAGAGGACAAAAAGAUGUACAAGUUCACAAGGUCCAGGGUCAGUGAGACAAGUUCCAGAGGAAACAGCCCAGAGCAAGUUUUCAGCCGGUCACCUGAAGCACCCUUUGACUCUGAAUCCCCUGAACCAUCUACACAGAGCAGAGUUAGAGCUCAUCACGUGGAGGCAUGUGAAGAGGAGGCCAGGUCAGACGUGUCAGAAUGUGGAGCAAAGAGGAAGUUCACCCAGAGCUUUUCAAAGUCUGAAGAGGAUGGAAAGAAGGAGGCCAAAGUGGAGCAAAGUGAAGAAAGGUUUGCAUCUCGGCAGGUCUCUCAGUACAGGCGAAGCACACGUAAAGAAGAGGAAGAAGAGAUGGAUGAUGAUGCCAUUAUUGCUGCUUGGAGAAGCCGACUAGAAGAAACUACAGCAAAGCUCCAGCGGAGAAGGGAAGAGUGACCAAGAUCAGACUCCAGGAACACAAGCAGAGCCACAGAGUACCUGAAUCACUCACUCAUCGUUAUAUUUUUGAUAAUCCUUUGUGGUUUGUAGGGCAUUUCCUGCAGAUAGUUCUCUUCUUAAUCAAAAGCAAUGAAGGGAAGAGGUCAAGUUCUGCAAGUGUUUGUGGUUUGUGAGAAAGAAGAUGCUGGUGUUAAAUGAUCAAUGUAGGUAGGAACACAAUGUUAGAAGCCAUUAGGAGCCAGACGAUGUUUCAGCAGCCAAAGCAGGUAAUGGUGACACCUCAAGUCAAAAGACCGAUCACAUCCCAUUUUGGUUAUUUCAAUUUCCUAGUGUCAUUAAAGACUGGACAUGUUUUUCCUAGGAUCUUUUUGAUCAUAAAUUGAAGAAGCCAACAGUGUUUUCUAGGAACUUAAAGAAUGUUUUUCUCUUAAUCAGUUUUACUUUAUAUGACUGAGAAGAUAUUACCAGGUAGGCUCCAUUUUCUGCACCAGCCUUACAAAUGUCUAGAGAAAUAAGUUCGGGGGAAUACAUGUUCUGUUUUACUUUAUUAAGUAGCAGAAGCAAAAUGGAAUACUAGAAAAAAGAAGGUGCCUCCUGUUCAGAAGAUCAGUGCAGUAAUGAAUGUAUUCAUUGUUUGUAUUAGAUGGAGUCAUCUCUGCUCCAAUAUGGUUGGUUCCUGCUAAUAACUGCAGGUCAACAGAGGAAAAAUACAGUAAUAUUAAUAGCCAUCAAAAAAUCAUUUUUUUGAUGUAGUUAAAGAGAGAGAGUUAGGAUUAGUGUUAGUGUAGGCUGGAUUUCUGAGUAUUGACUUCACUUUGGUUUAUGUAUGCAGCUCAGCUAAGUCGGUGCUUUUGUGUUUAUAGUCAGAUUAAUUUUCAGCAUGAUUGCCUUGAAAGAAAAGAGCAGUACACAAACUGACCUCAUAAUAAAACUGUUUAUUAGACCAUGGGUGUAAGACAUCAUGCACCAAAGGAGAAAUUUUGUGUCUUUGAAGGUGGCACCUGGAAUCUUGUUUUUAGGAGGUGGUAGUGGGUUCAAACAGCAUCUUAAGGUGUUCUUUGCAUCCUGAAGUACAGAGGAAGAAGCCCAGCCUCCAUGGUAACUCUGAGUACUCCAGGUUAGGAGCCUUGAGUCUUUCCAUGCCCUGCAGAGCCUUGUGAGAUUGUGUGACACAACCACCAGCUUGCCACGGCAUCACUUGUGUGUCUUUCCACACCACAGCACCCAACCCUCACCAGUCAACAUCCUCCACCUCUCUCUUAUAAGCACAUAGGCUGGUUUCUACUGACUUUGACUGGAAUUAUUAGUUCCCUUUUCUGUACAGACUGUAUUUUGAACCAACAAAGCCCUCUGGCAGAGCUGAGUCUAAAAGGACAAUGGAGGGAUGAUGCAGUAGCGCUCUCUCACAGGAAGUUUGUCUUUUUCUUGUAAUCUCUUCUCCCUCCCACUGUGAUGCUUAGAGCUCACCAUUACCAUUAUGCUAGUACCUCUCCCUAUUUUAAUUGUGUAAUACAGACAGCAAGCUCCACAGGGCAAGGGCCUGCUCUUUGUCCCUGUCUGUAUGGCGCUACACACAUCAGCAAUGCUAUCUAAAUAAUGGUUACUGAUAACAAAAUGCAGCUGGCAAUUUUCCUAAACUUAGAAUCAUUUCUCUCAACUAUAACUCACUGAUCAGACAUUAUCCCUGCUUCUCUGAAGAUAAAGAUAAUUCUUUCUGACAGCCAGGACUGGGGUAAAUGAUAGCUACUUAUUGUCAGGUGAAUGGAGUCUCACAAUCAGGUGAUUAACCAGUAACAAAGGUAGGAAAAAUAAGAGAAAUCACUUACUCGUGUGGGUUGUUUAAGGGUUUUGGGGUUUUUUUUAGUAAACUCAGAUUACAUUUCUGAAAUACAUAAGGAACAUGGUCGUGUUAAUGUUCCAGGC